CUCUCCUCCACGCGGGCGGCAGCCACCAGCUGUGAACACAGCCAAGAUGCGGAUGUGCCAUCAGGUCCCGGUGCUGGCAGGUAGCGUUACUUUGGCCACCAUGGGCAUCCUGACCCUGUUCAUACAGGAACCCUCCAGUUACGGGAAACACCUCAGGAACACCGUUCCCUUCCUGCCCGCGCGCGUCGCCUGGUUCCUGCAGGAGCUGCCUGCCUUCGUGGUGUCGGUAGGGAUGCUGGCUUGGCAGCCCCGCUCCCUCUUCGGACCGCCGGGGAACGUGCUGCUGGGUCUCUUCUGCAUACAUUACUUCCACAGGACAUUUAUUUACUCUUUGCUCACCAAAGGGAGGCCUUUUCCAGCACUGAUCUUUUUGAGGGCGGUUGCCUUCUGCAUAGGGAAUGGAGUCCUUCAAGCCUACUACCUGAUUUACUGCGCGGAAUACCCGGAGGAGUGGUACACAGAUGUUCGGUUUUGCUUCGGUGUCUUCCUGUUUGUUUUGGGAAUGGGAAUCAACAUCCACAGUGACCACGUGCUGCGCCAGCUUAGGAAGUCUGGAGAAGUCACCUACAAGAUUCCACAAGGUGGCUUGUUUACCUAUGUCUCCGGAGCCAACUACCUGGGUGAGAUCAUUGAGUGGAUGGGCUAUGCCUUGGCUGCUUGGUCCGUUCCAGCCCUGGCUUUUGCAUUUUUCUCACUUUGUUUCCUUGGGAUGCGAGCUUUUAGCCACCACAGGUUCUACCUCAAGAUGUUUAAGGAUUACCCCAAAUCUAGGAAAGCCCUUAUUCCAUUCAUCUUGUAAAGAACCCCAAUUUUAGGGAGCAAAGCUUCUAUGGGGAAACUUACCCAGUUGCUGAAACCCUAAACUGUAAACUUUCACUGAACAGUGUACUGCUCACACGUAUACAUAUGAGGACAUAUGUGUUAAUAGGUCUCUCGUUACUCCAGUUGCCUGAGGCAUGCUGAACCAUGUCUGCUUAACCUUUACUCCUGCUUGCCCAUGAAGCUCUAACCCAAUUUCCUCCUGGAGCUUCACAGGGGCCAUUUUCUCAUUAGCUAUCCCUUCUAGAAGCUUCCCCAUUUUCCAUAUAUAUAUAUUUUUUUUAUUGUAUGAUCUGAAGACAUGUGACUUUUUUUCUUACUCUGUGGCGGUUUUGGGAAGUUCUGCAGUCAAAAACCUUUGGGCUGACAUAACGAAAAAUGAAAUCAUUAUAUUUGCAGGAAAGUGAAGGGAACUGGAAAUUAUAUUAAGCAACAUAACCCCACCUCAGAAAGACAAAUAUUGCAAGAUUUUCUCAUAUGCAGAUCCUAGAUUUUAAUUUAUAUAGAUGUAUGUAUGUAUGUAUCUGUUUAUGUAUGUAUGUAUGUUCAUUAAAUUAGAAAGAAGAUUAUGAGAAGGGGAAAAGAUCUUGUGGGGAGGAGAAAAGGAGGAAAAGAGAAUAUAUGUGGCAUGAAAGCAGAGAAAGGAGGCUAUUGCAGAGAGGAGGGGGACUAGCAGGAAAGACGUAGGAGAACAGGGGAGGAGAGAAAGGGAGGACAGUCUGCAAAAAUAAAUUAUGUAUGAAAAUGCCAUAAUGAAACCUAUCAUUUUGUAUGCUGGUUUUGAAAAACCAGCCAACCAACAAGCCAACCAGCCAAUCAUCAAGCCAAGCCAACCAACCAGCCAACCAACCAACCAACCAACCAACCAACCAACCAACCAACCAACCAAGCAACCAAAAAAGCAGUCUGGGCUGAGCGCAGUCUAUGUAAUUAAAAGCAUGCCUUUUGUAUGCCCGCAGAACGGCAGCUAUUUACAUUUUUAAGCACCAUAGACCAGAGCCUAACUGAAAGCCUAGUCACAUCUUCCUCUUCGUUAAUUAGGAAGAUACGAAAAAGAAGAACUUUAUAGCGGAAUUCUUUCCUCUGACCCAAGUCCAAAUGUAUACAGUGUCUUAGUCAAAGAACACCUCAUCUCCCAGGAGAUUUCGAAAAUGAAGCUAUCACAGCUUCAUCCACAACACUGAUAGGAAUUUUCUUGAUGGUCACGUUUAUUCACAAAGAAAAAGAUACAGCCAUCAGUCGCUCCUGGGAGAAUAAAGAAAUGCAUUGUGACAGACACUGUAAACUCAUAUUUUUGGGAACUGAUGGGGCUAUCCAAAUACCAGGGAUACAUCAAGUAUGAGAAAUUCAUGCACAAUACAGUAGAAUAUUCACCUUGAAGAGAUGUCUAUGAUAAUGGGAAGGGUAUCAGAAGUCCAGAGCAAGUUUCUGCUGGAAUUUGACCCUCAAGACAUAUUUUGGAAGACGUGUCUCAAUAGUAGCUUGAAUGUCAGCCCCUGGGUCCCAAUGACAGAAAAGGAGAUCUGUCCACAGAUGUUCUUCUGGGCAGAGAACCGAUUCCAUUCAAGUUGGACAGGGUUUCAUGCAUUGUUUAAUUUUAUCUUGCAUUUCAAAUUGUAAAAAUUAGGAGGUUUUCAUAUAAACUAAAACUCUUGGCAUUCCUUUAAAACAGUGGUUCUCAACCUCCCUAAUGCUGUGGCCCUUUAAUAUAGUUCUUCAUGUUGUGGUGACCCCCAACCAGAAAAUUAUUUUUGUUGCUAUUCCAUAACUGUAAUUUUGCUAUGUUAUAAAUCAUAAAAUAAACAUCUGUGUUUUCUGAUGGUCUUA